AUGGCCAAAAAGCCGAUUACAGCCAUGCUCAUGCAUCCAGUGGUCCGGGAUGAACUCUUCCGACCCGACCAUCUGGAUACCAUUGCGCGCGUUAGCCACCUUGUUGCGGAGACCCCGUUUCGAGAGGUUGAGGCUAUGGACGAGUUUUUACCUCACAUAGAAGUGCUCAUCACCAGUUGGGGAUGUCCGCGCAUCGACGAACAUGUGAUCUCACAGAUGCCUAAGCUCAAACUGAUUGCACAUCUGGCCGGAUCUGUAAAAGGCUUCAUCGACGACGCUGUGUGGCGACGGGGUAUACAAGUGGUGAACGCUGUCGCCGCUAACGCGGUACCCGUGGCUGAAUACACCCUGGCAGCCAUCUUGUUUGCCAAUAAAAAAGUCUUUGCACUGAAUAAAAACUACCUCAAGUACAAAGAGAACCGAGCCCCGUGGAGCAAAGAAGCCCCUAAUGUCGGCAACUACCAUAAAACCAUAGGCAUUAUCGGCGCAUCUCAUGUGGGACAACUUGUGAUGGACCACCUGCAACGCUUUGACAUGCGUGUGCUGAUUUACGAUCCAUUCACCACACCCCUGCAGGCCCGGCACAGCGGUGCACACAAAGUUGGAUUGGCGGAACUGCUGAGCCACUCUGACGUGGUCAGCAUUCAUGCGCCUCUACUAGCAGACACCAAAGGUAUGCUUGGCGCUCGCGAGCUGGCUCUGAUGCAGGACGAUGCCACUCUGAUCAAUACCGCCAGAGGCGGCAUUAUCGACCAGGGUGCCCUGGAGGCAGAAUUGGUGAAAGGCCGCAUCAACGCCAUUCUGGACACCACCGACCCCGAAGUGUUGCCACCCCACAACCCGCUCUAUCAGCUGGAUAACGUGUUUUUAACCCCACAUAUCGCCGGCUCGCUGGGUGAUGAAACCCAACGCCUGACAGAUUUUAUUGUGGCCGAGCUGGAACGUUACAGCCGCAGUGUGGGCUUGAAGCAUCUGGUGCGGCGUGAGCAUCUGGCGUUGAUCUCCACAAGCGCAGACAUAUCCAGGGACGACAGCAUUCGCGCGGUGAUUAUCAAUGCUGCUGGUGAACAUUUCAGCGUUGGCGCAGACCUUUCAGCACCCGCUGCUGCCGCAGACACCAGCUUGCUGGAACGCAGACGAACUACAGAAACCGGACAGCGCCUAAUGCGCGCACUCCAAGAGAUUCGCCAACCUACAAUUGCAGCCGUCCACGGCGCUGCUGCGGGUGCCGGCGCCUGUAUUGCCAGCGUAUGUGAUUUUAGGCUGGGCACAACCACAAGCCGAAUCAGUUACGGAGAAGUCCGUUUUGGUAUGUCAUUAAUGUGGCACGCAUUACCCACCUGUGUACACCUGGUUGGACCAAGCAGAGCGCGGGAAUUGCUCAUGACCGGUCAGCUGAAAGAUGCACCAACGUUAUUGCAAUGGGGAUUUUUUAACGAAUUGGCCGAGGACGAAGACACAUUAUCCUCCCUUGCACUAACCUGGGCAGAACGCCUUGCGGCAUUGCCUCCAGUGCCAGUACAGAUGAUCAAGCGGUCUAUCAACGUUGUUGCAGGCGCCCUUGAUGCAGCAGUAAUGCACAUGGACGCAGAUCAAUUUCUGCUCUGCAGCAAUACUGAAGAUGCAGGCAUCGCCCAGCGCGCCUUCCUCAACAAAGACAGUGCAACCUAUUCCGGGCGCUGA